AUGGGACGAAAACCAAACCCCGUGAUUGGGGAGUAUUUUACUCGGGGCCCCAAACUUGCAGACUCCAGCAACCGGUACCCGCACACCUGCAAGUUGUGCGGCGAAAACUUCCCCAAAGGCCGAGGUGAAGUCUUACACAAACACAUCACUGAGAAGUGCCCUGCCAUUACUCCCGAAGAGCGCAUCAACGCCGCUCUCGGAUUUGCGGGACUCCACUCUGGUUCUUCCGCACCUCGAUCUAUGAAUCUUACCGUUAACCAGCUCGACCCCGCUGCGGCGGAGGUCGCACCCGAGGCGCCUGAGAAUUGGUCUGCCCUUCGCACCCUCGCCGAAGCUUCCCGUCAGGUUGGUGAGAAUGAGAUGGGUGCUCCCUCGGCCCCUGGUCGCGAUCCGUCCGAGUCAGCGGUUCGCCAGCUUGGGAUUGGCUUUGAGGUUCAAGAGCAGUUUACUUUGGAGAACCCACCUGUGAGCUACGAGAAUCGCCCCGGCCGCGAGCGUAAGGAGUCCACUUCCAAUGAUAGCGCCAACCCUCUCAGUUACCUCACUACAGAGGAGAAGAUGGAACAUCUCCAAGCUGCGACCCAGCAGCAGAACAACCCCCCUAUAGAUUCCUCGGAUCUAUCGGUCGCCGUCGCCGCGACCGCGCGUCUUACAGACUCUCUCAUGGACCCCCAGUUGACUACAGAACAUACCGAGCCUCAGGUUUUGAGCCCAGCCAUGUCUCCAACCGAAGCUUGCAAGCCAGAGCUUCCUGUCAACAGCAUUCCCACCAGCAAUGCUUCUGGUUCUGCAAUGCCGCAACCACUUCAACAAGCUCAGCAACAGCAACCCCAGCAGCCUCAGCAGCCCUGGGGUGAGAUGACUUACAUGACGACCAACCACAACCCCACAUUCGCGACUCAUGUGGCUCCCAUUGCACCCCCCAACAGAGGUGGCACUAGAAUGCCGAUAGGCAACGGGACUCAGAGCGAGCACAAGCGCAAGGCUUACAACCCGGCUCGACGCAAAGAAGUCCAGGCUGCCCGGAAGAAGGGCGCCUGCAUUAGAUGUCGCAUCCUGCGCAAAACGUGUGGCACCAAUGACCCCUGCGACCAGUGCCGAAAGAUUCAGGGGCCUCGGCAUUGGACUUACCCUUGUGUCCGUACCCGUCUCAACCAGGAAUUGACUCUCUAUUCGGCCGCUUUGAUAGUAGUCCUGGCGCAGACCAGAGUGAAGCACGCUCGACAAAACUAUCAACUGCUGUCAAAUGGCACCUCUCUCGUCGUCUCUUUAUGGGAGGACAGCCCCAGCCUGACACUUGCUGCUCUUGUCACUCCCCGCCCCCAGCAGCCUGUCACUGAGGAGACGGAGCAGACUAAUGGAGACGCCAAGCCGGUCUUUCAAGUCGUCAUGAUUGAUCAGGAUAAAGAGGAUCUUCCCGCCCGCAUGGAGGAAUUUUUGAAGUCCAUCCUGCCAACACUGAUCCAGCGCGAGCCGUCUCACUUUAUGCAGGUUGUCUUAGAGGCUGCCCAAAAGUUUCCGCAGGAAAGGGUCACCGGCAAGAACCUGAAACUGGCCAUUGAGCUUUGGGGUCUUAUCGAGAUCCUCGACCGAGAGCGCAGCUGGUACAUCGCCGAAGAGCGUGAGGGCAUCGUGUCGCCUCGGGGCCCCGAGGAUUUUGCCGGAAGCGACGACCAAGACAUCUACAACCUGAUCACAUUCCAGCUGUCCGCGGCAACUGAACGCAAAGCAAACAACGUGUCCAACAAGCUCAUCAGCGAACUUCAGCGCUGCCUAGAGAACGGCAAGGCCAAGAUCAACUUCGACGUAUAUCUGUCGAUCCUGAUCCUCCUUCACUGCCUUGAGAAGACGACAUGGACGUUCAAGGUUUGGGAGAUGGAUGAUUUCCGCCAACGCUGGCCCCUCGACCGCCCUCCCGCCAUGUACGUCAAUCAGGGCCGGGAGAUCGCCGACCUCCUCAAGAUGCUCCUGACUCUUCGAAAGUCCCACCCCAAGACGUUCCGAACCCUCGACGGACGGCUCAGAGUUAUCGAUGUUGGCGACUCAGACUUUGCUAUGAUGGCAGAAUUUUUCGAAGCGCUGAACCUGGAUUAUGAUGAUGUCGUACAGAAGCUGGAGACAUGUGCCUUUAGCCCCGAGACGUCACGUUCGUUGGAGCUUCAUUUCUGUAGUCAGGUACUGCUCCCACCAAAGGAAGGUGACCAUGGCCACCAUGUCGCCGCUGCAUCAAGCUCUGGCCACAGCACGCCACCCCCUCCUCCCGGCCCUGGCCCUGACAUUGGCCCUACCUCUCUGGGCUCUCCACCUCCUCGGCAGCUGCAGCCUUCUAUAUCAUAG